AUGGUGACCCCAGGCGCCGGUUUCAUAUCUUUUGCUGUUCCUGUUAAAGGACAGCCUGACAAAUUCCUGUUGGGUUAUAAUCAUAAUAAUGACAAGAGAAUCUUAUUAGUCACAUGGAAUACUCACACAAAUAAUCCAGAUCCUGGAGUGGAGAUAUUAAACCGCGCCGACGAGCCAAUCGAAGAAGACACAAUUAAUUAUGGAACUGUCGGCCCACAUGGCGUACUAUGGUUUUGGACGAUGAAUAUGCACGGACAACUGCGAGGAAGUGUGUAUUCUUUCAAUCCAUUUUUGUCUCAUCCGAAAACUAGAAAACAUGUGAUUGAGGGAAAUUAUGUGAGCAAUGGACUCGUGUGGUGCCCUCUCGAUCAAAGCAGACUCUAUUACGUCGAUGCUCUGAGAAACAGAAUUCUAUUGUACCAUUAUGAUAUCCGACACAGUAAUAUUUCUGGACUAGCUGACGUCAUCUUUGAAUUGGCAUUAUGGGCUCGGUACCAUGGACAUGAUAUCAACACCAAGCAUGCCCAUUUGAGUCAUAUGGCAAUUGAUGUCAGAGGUGUUCUCUGGGUGCCUGUUUUUGGACGUUCAGAAGUCCUUGAAUUUUUUCCAUAUACGAAGACGGUUGGUCGAGUUAUUCACAUACCUGCAGCCAAAGUCAGCUCAUGCGCAUUCGGAGGCACAUACGGGGAUAUUUUAUAUGUAUCAACUUAUGGAUAUGGUUACAAUAAUUCUCGGGAUGUACGUCCAAAUGGCGAUAAUGGUGGUGCGAUUUUCGCCGUCUCUAACCUUGGCGUAAUAGGAUAUGAGGCAAAGCCAUUCUUGUUUCCUCGACCUCUAGCCCACUGA